GAAUUUGCCCGCUCGCUCAGUCAGUCCGAGGCAGGCACGACGGUUCCACCUCAACAGCUCCGCUCCUGCGCCUCCACAAGGACACAUCCUAACACUUUAAAAACCCAAAGACAACAAGCAUGGACCACGUCGGUGACGCGGCGGGGGAGGGGGGGUCACACGGAGCGGACGGCCCCGGGGAGAACCGGGCUGCGGGGGGGAAGGAGCGGCUGUACGGCGACGUGCAGGUCCACGUCCCCGCGGACGGAGCGCGCGGCUCCCCGGACUACAUGGACACGAGGGACGAGGACAAGCGCAGCGGCUCGUCCUCUUCGUCCAGCGACGACGACGAGAAGGAGAAGGGUCCCAGAGCCGAGGAAGCGGCGCAGGUGGAGGUGAGCGCGGAGGACGGCCACGCAUCCCGGCGCUCCUCGGCCUCCUCCGAGUCCCACGGAGACCCGUGCGACGACCCGCCGCUGCGGCCGGCGGCCCUGGAAGAAGCCGAAGCCGCCGCCGCCGCCGCGGGGGGGGAUGACGGGAUGCUGAUGUGCUUCACCCACCCGGGCGACGACCCCGCGCCGCGGGAGUCCGUGGACUACAGCCUGAAGACCCUGGAGGAGACCCGGCCGGAUGAGAGCAGCGCGGCGCCGCCCGACCCGGACGAGCCGGACAUCUCCCUGUUCGUCAAGGCCGGCAACGACGGGGAAAGCAUCGGCAACUGUCCCUUCUCCCAGCGCCUCUUCAUGAUCCUCUGGCUCAAAGGAGUCGUGUUCAACGUCACCACCGUCGACCUCAAAAGGAAGCCGGCAGAUCUGCACAACCUGGCUCCGGGGACGCACCCUCCGUUCCUGACCUUCAACGGAGACGUGAAGACCGACAUCAAUAAGAUCGAGGAGUUCCUGGAGGAAACGCUGGGCCCCCCAAAGUAUCCCAAACUAGCCGCCAAGCAGAGAGAGUCCAACACGGCUGGAAACGACAUCUUCGCCAAGUUCUCGGCCUACAUCAAGAACACCCGACCGGAGGCUAACGCCGCCCUGGAGAAAGGCCUGACCAAGGCCCUGAAGAAGCUGGACGACUACCUGAACAGCAGCCUGCCGGACGAGAUCGACGCCGACAGCCUGGAGGAGGAGAAGAGCUCCGAGCGAAGCUUCCUGGACGGCAGCGAGCUCACGCUGGCAGACUGCAACCUGCUGCCCAAACUGCACAUAGUCAAGGUGGUGGCCAAGAAGUACCGCAACUACGACAUCCCCUCCGACAUGUCGGGGGUGUGGCGCUACCUGAAGAGCGCGUACGAGCGCGACGAGUUCACCAACACCUGCGCCGCCGACUCCGAGAUCGAGACGGCCUACGUGGAUGUGGCGAGGAGGCUGGCCAAGUGACCUCGGACAGCGACCCCAGCCGAAAGCAGAAAAAAACUCAGAUAAAAACAUAACACUAAAAAAAAAACUAAAAAAAGAA